GGUUCCACAAAUUCGUUGCUCUUUAAAAUAAGUGAAUUCAGACUGUACAGUCUCAUAGCCGAUUCUGCUGCCUUGCCGUUGAAUCAGGAUCGUUCAAGUUGGAUUUCGGGAUAGGAAGCUAUGUGCAUUAGUGUCACAGUCUGCUGAACUGUAUAUCGAGCUAAAAUUUACUAUUCAGCGCUGAGAAAUAUCUAUACAGAAUUUUCAAGAUGUCCAGCGUAAGCAAAAAAGACAAGUGCAAAAGACUCGACCAACAAAAGGGAACCAUUCAGCUGUAUGAACGCUUGAAUUAUUUGUGCCGUCAUAAUCCGUAUGAUUUCGAACAAGUGCAAAAACGCCUCGGCCAAACAUUGACGCCCCAGGAAAUCAACGAAAUCAUAUAUUGGUCCGUGAAGAAAAAUCGUAUUCAUAUAAUUGAAUUCCUCGUUGAGACAUACGAAGUCAAACUUAUGCCUAUUGACAAGACCGGACAAACAGCAAUUCACAUGGCUGAAAGAAAGGAUUUCAGUGAAGCUGUAGAAAAAUUAAUGCUCAAGACUUGCCUCGAUGAAAAUCGCUGCGAUAGUAAUGGACUUUCAUAUUUACAAAUAGCCUGCUUAAAGGGAAUGUACGAUAUAGUUAAGAAGUUCAUCGAUAUGGGCGUCGAUGCGAAUCUCUCACUCGACCACGCCAUGAUUAAAGGCAUAGUUGAUUGUUCUAACAAAUAUCAUGGAAAAGGAAAAGUGCAGGAUCUUGACGGUGAUAUUGACCCAGAAAUACCCGAGAUAAAGUCUAUAAAAAUUUUCGAAUUACUAUUGAAGUGUGGUGCUGAUCCGAACGUUGAUCCUGAUGAUGGUCGAAACGCUCUGCAUAAACUGAUAACUAUGACUUACAAUAGAGAACCAUCACCUAUAAUAUUUCAUGGAUCAGGCGGUCCUUAUGCCGGUCGUUAUUAUAUUGCUACCCGAAACAUUGGAAAACGUGUGCACUAUAUGAGCUCCGGAGAAAGACAUCUGAAGUACAUGAUGAAAUUACUUUUAGAGAACGGAGUCAACGUCAACGCCAAAGAUAAGUACGGCUUUUCGGCUCUCAACAUAGCCGUGUCUCUCCUGCAAUACGACGCCGUCUAUUUGCUCGUGAAGAACGGUGCCGACGUGCAAAGCGUCACUUUUCAGGAAUUGGGCUACUUCAAUUACGAAUCGCAUUACGAAUUGAAUUUAGAUUUGAUCGAAAGUCUCAUGGCAAUCCUCGAACUUUUGGAAAGUAAAGGAUUCGUCUUGACUGCGGAAGACCACAAGGGCGUGUUGAGAUUUUUAAUGGGGACAAAAAUGAUAAAGGACAGGGAGCUAACUCCGAACGCAUGUGUGUUACUGCUAAAAUCGAAUUUAUUAGAGUCACACGGCUCCGAAGAUAGAUAUGAGUUCACUUUAAAAUUGUUUCUUAAAACUGUUCAAAAGUUCAAUAUAUUCUUGAACGAAGAAAAAAAAAAUUUCUUAUAUAAAUACUUGAAUUCAUCUCCGGAAAAUUUGAAGUCUGAAUUAUUAAUUUUUGAAUUUGAACGUGGGCAAGAAGAAUUCGAUCUUGCAAAAAAGACGAUGAUUAGUGAUAAAAGGUCGCUCUAUGAUCUUUGCGUUGUAAAUGCUAAGAAAAGAUUACAUUACUUGAAAAAUGCUUCAUACAAAGAAUUUUUGGACGAACAAAAUUUUAAUUAUCGCUUUGGUGAUACUGGCAAAAUUAUUAAAGGACUCAUUGUUGAAAGUCAUAGAAGAUCUAUUUUUGAACGCAUAGUCAUGAAAUAUUUUCAAGUAUUGACAUUAAAAAAAUUACCAGAUUUAUGCUGUGAAUUUAUAAUUGAUUUUUUAAGUGUAGAUGAUUUAGCAUCAGUGUAUGAGGCAGUUACAAAUUCGAAAAUAAAAUAUUCAAGGGCACUACACUGGUAAGAAUUCAACGGUUUUCGGAAUUUAAAUAACUUAUUGACCUAAAAGAAUAAUAAAGUAAGAAUCUUGGAACGUUUAGUCAGCUUCAAUGAAAGAUAAUUUUAAGUCACUAAAAUAAAACAUUGUUACAAAUAUAAUUCAAGAAGUUACAUGUUUAUAUACAAUUAGGUGGUAUGUAAAAAACUGUUUUACUCUUAUGAUUAAAAAUCAGACAAAAGUCAAGAAAUUUUAAUAAAAAUGUAUUUUUAAUGUGAA